AAGAUCCCACAUGCCGCGGAGCAACUAAGCCCGUGCGCCACAACUACUGAGCCUGCGCUCUAGAGCCCGCGAGCCACAAAUACUGAGCCCUCGUGCCACAACUACUGAAGCCCGUGAGCCUAGAGCCCGUGCUCUGCAACAAGAGAAGCCACCGCAAUGAGAAGCCCGCGCACUGCAAUGAUGAGUAGUCCCCGCUCGCCACAACUUGAGAAAGCCCGAAGGCAACAAUGAAGACCCAAUGCAGCCAAAAAUAAAUUAACUUAAAAAAAUAAUAAUAAAUAAAAAAAAUAAAAAUACACCCAGUGACAUGGCAACAGCAGGCGGAGAGGACGUGCACACCCUCAUUCCUUCCUUUCUCAACUCCAUCUUCACGUUAGCGGCAGUGGUAAAGCGGUUCAGUUGCCAACAUGCAGCUGUUUGCGCGCAGGAGCUACACACUCUCCAGGUGACUGGCCAGGUGACAGUCGCCCAGAUCAAGGCUCAUGUAGCCUCGUUGGAGGGCCUCACUCCAGAAGAUCAGGUCCUGCUCCUGCAGGAUGAGGCUACCCUGGGCCAGUGUGGGGUGGAGGCUGUGAGCACUCCGAGCACUCUGGAAGUAGCCAGCCGCAUGUUUGGAGGUAAAGUCCAUGGUUCCCUGACCCGUGCCAGGAAAGUAAGAGGUCAGAUUCCCAAGGUGGCCAAACAAGAGAAAAAGAAAAUGGGCCGGGCCGAGAAGCGUAUGCAGUACAACCAGUGCUUUGCCAAUGUUGUGCCCACUUUCAGCAAGAAGAAGGGCCCCAAUGCCAACUGUUAA